AUGACUGUUGCUUCCAUGGGGGCUGUGAAGAUGUCCCAGAUGUGGAUGCUGAGAUGGGUCGUCCUACUGGUGGGGCUACAGCUGAUACAAGCAGACUUCAUGAAUGAUUUUGCCGUAAUGGGUGAAAUGUGGCCGACAACAACAGCAUUCUCUAUGACAAAUGUGCCAGUAACGACAGUUGUCCCGAAUCCUGGUCAUCAGUCCACGAUCUGCAGCACAUGGGGAAAUUUCCACUUCAAGACCUUUGAUGGUCAUUUCUUUCAAGUGCCAGACACAUGCAACUAUGUUAUGACAGUGAUGUGUGACAUCUCCACAUCUGAUUUUAACAUCCAAAUGCAAAGAGAGACUGUGAAUGGCUCAAUCACUUUUAGCACAGUCACAAUAAAGCUGGAGGGAACAAUCAUCAAAAUCACUAAUGGCGACAUCACCAUGGAGGAUGAAAUGGUGUCUGUUCCGACCUAUAAGAAUGGAAUUAAAAUUGAGGGAAGUUCAACAAGUGUGAAGAUCUCGAACAAACAUGGAGUGACUGUCUUCUGGGAAGAAGACAACUCUCUAACAAUUGAACUUCCUGAGAAGUACAAAGGUCUGACCUGUGGACUCUGUGGAGACUUUAAUGGCAACAAUCAUGACGAUAUCACUGUUAGCGGUCCAGCCUCAUGGAAAGUUUCAACACCAACUGAAACCUGUGAGGACGUUACACUUCCUCCCAUCGAUCAGUGUGACCAGACAAGUGUUUGCCAGCAGUAUCUCAGCAGUCCGGGGUUUAGUGACUGUUACAAUGUGAUGGACAUGAGUUCAUUUGAAAAAGCCUGUGUAGACGACCUGUGUCAGUGUUACGGCAAUCACGACUGUCUCUGCAACACACUCACAGAGAUUUCACGACAGUGCACUCAUGCUGGAGGAAAACCAGGAACAUGGAGGACAGAACAGCUCUGUCCAAAGACAUGUCAUCUAAACUUGCAAUACAUGGAGUGUGGGAGUCCGUGCAAAAACACCUGCUCAGAUCCAGAUGCAAAUUUAAUGUGUAAAGAACACUGUGUGGAUGGCUGUUUCUGCCCUAACGGCACUGUGGAAGACGACAUUGGACAGAGUGGCUGUGUUUCUGUGAACAAGUGUCCUUGUGUGCACGACGGCAGAGUAUAUAAAUCAGGAGAGUCUUACAAACAAGCUUGCAAAAAAUGUAUGUGCGCUGCUGGACACUGGACUUGUACAUACCUGGAAUGUCCCGGAAUCUGCUCUGUUGUUGGAGGGUCUCACAUCACCACUUAUGAUGGAAAGACCUUCACCUUCAGCGGCAACUGUGACUACAUCCUCACUAAGCAUUCCAAUGACAGUGACAUUGCAGUUGUGGGAAAUCUGGCAAAGUGUGAUCAGGCCCGAGCAGACACUUGUCUAAAUUCAAUUACGCUUGUCAUCUCAGGGACCACUAUUAGUUUUUCCUCUGGUGGAUCUGUGGCAGUGAAUGAAAUCAGUCCAUACAUGCUUCCUUUAACCACUGGUCCUGUGAGCAUCUUCCAGCCCACUUCCUCUUUCAUCGUUGCUGAUAUGAAGAGUCUUCGUCUAGAGAUCCAGUUGGCUCCAGUCAUGCAGUUGUAUAUUGUAGCCAGCACUGAAGAGAAAGGGAAGAUGAGCGGUCUGUGUGGGAACUAUAACGACAUCCAAUCAGAUGACUUUAAAACAACAUCGGGCAUCAUAGAGGGCACACCAACAUCCUUUGUCAACUUUUGGAAACAAAAUUGCCCAGAUCUUGAAAUCAAAUUUGACAAUCCCUGCAGCUUGAAUAUAGAAACAGAGCAACUUGCAAAAGACUGGUGUUCCCGUCUCACUAACCCAAAUGGCAGCUUUGCUGCAUGUCACUCAGAAAUAUGUCCUGAGAUGUACUACCAAUGGUGUGUCUACGAUACCUGCAAAUGUGCAGAUAUUAGGAAGUGUAUGUGUGCGGCCGUGUCCAACUAUGCCCACGCCUGUGCUGCCAGAGGAGUCAUUCUCCAGGGCUGGAUGGAUUCUGACCCCUGUGACACGAUUUCAAAGUGUACAGGCAACAAGAAGUACUCCUACGGCGUGACCAGCUGUGGCAGCACCUGCCGCUCUCUCAGUGAACAAGACAACACCUGCCAAGGGUCCUUCACACCUGUAGAUGGUUGCACCUGUUCUGAGGGAACCUACCUCAAUGAAGGUGGCAGCUGUGUACAUGCUGACCAGUGUCCUUGUUACUAUGGCAACCAGGUCAUAAAGCCAUCUGCAGUGUUCCACAAAGAUGAUGCUAAAUGCACCUGUAACCUUGGCAAACUGCACUGCUCCAGUCAAGAAGACUGUGUGGCUCCAAUGACAUUCUUCAAAUGCUCAAAUCAUGGAGAAAAAGGAACGGAGUGUCAGAGGACAUGUGAGAAGCAAGACCCAAACAACUGUGUGAGCAUGGGGUGUAUAUCAGGGUGUAUGUGUCCAGAUGACCUUCUGGCUGAUGGAAAAGGUGGGUGUGUGAAGAGGGAAAAAUGUCCAUGUACCCAUAAUGGAGUCACCCAUUUACCUGGAGAGCAAGUUCAACAGGACUGUAACACCUGCACAUGCACAAAUGGGAUGUGGACUUGUACUGAAAAGGCGUGCUACGGCACCUGUACCAUCUACGGUGAAGGUCAUUUCAGGACUUUUGAUGGCAGAAGAUAUUCCUUCCACGGAGACUGUGAACACACCAUAACCCAUGAUUAUUGCAAUUCAAACCCCAGUCCCUCCUUCCGCCUCGUCACUGAGAACAUCCCCUGUGCCACCACCAACUCCAUUUGCUCCAAGUCCAUCAAUCUGUUCUUUGGGAAAUACGAGAUGAUUUUAUCUGAGGAGGAAGAUGUGAAGGUUGUUAAAAGCAACGGCACGGAGUACAGAUAUAAAAUUAGUUCUGCAGGCUUAUAUGUUGUCAUAGAGGUUGAAGGUCUUUUGAACUUAAUUUGGGAUAAAAAAACAAGUGUGAUGAUCCAACUCAACCACAAAUUAAAGAGCAAGGUGUGUGGACUCUGUGGAAACUUUGAUGGUAAUGCGAACAACGACUUUAUGAAGCACAAUGGAGAAGUGGUGACAGAUCCAGAAGAUUUUGGGAAUAGCUGGAAGGUGAAUCCAAGCUGCCCUGAUGUGACAAACGUGAUGCAUCCUUGUGAUGCAAAUCCACAUCGACGUGCCUGGGCUAUCAAACAAUGCAGAAUCAUCACAACCCCUGUCUUUACAGACUGCCAUUCGCUUGUGGAUUCUGGUCCAUACUAUGAUGCAUGCGUAAGGGACACCUGUGCAUGUGACAGUGGGGGUGACUGUGAUUGUCUCUGUACUGCAGUGGCAGCUUACGCUGCUGAAUGCCAUAAAAGAGGUGCUUGUGUGGCAUGGCGAAGACCAGACUUUUGCCCUUUGUUCUGUGACUACUACAAUGCUCAAGGAGAAUGUGAGUGGCACUAUAAACCCUGUGGAUCCACUUGCAUGAAAACCUGCAAAAACCCCUCAGGAACUUGCUCUGAUCAAAUUCCUCCCCUUGAGGGAUGUUUUCUUCAGUGCCCUUCAGAGAGGCCAUAUUUCAGGGAGGAGACUAUGAAGUGUGUCCCAAAUGAUAGAUGUAAAGACUGUUUCUAUAAUGGGAAGUUAUUUCCACGUGGAUCGGUCAUUUACGAAACCACAGAUGGGAAUGGUGUAUGUUUCACUGCUCUGUGUGACUCCAACGGGGAAAUAAUGAGAAUUGUUACUGAAUGCAGAUAUUCAACCUCAACACCUUUUACUUUCACAACUACACCUGAAACUACUAAAACAACUCAAACUUCAGAGACACCCACAAUCACAUUCACUACUACUACAACAAGUACUGGGACAUCAACACUUACAUCAACAGAAACACCAUCCACAAUCACAUCCACUACUACUACAACAAGUACUGGGACAUCAACACUUACAUCAACAGAAACACCAUCCACAAUCACAUCCACUACUACUCCAACUACUGGAACAUCAACAGAAACAUCACCUACAACUGUUACAGUAACACCUACGUCAACAGAAACAUCACCUACAACUGUUACAGUAACAUCUACGUCAACAGAAACAUCAUCUACGACUGUUACAGUAACACCUACUUCAACAGAAACACCAUCUACAAUUAGUACAACUACUGCUACAACAACUACUCCCACCUGUACUGAUAGAUGCAUAUGGUCCGAUUGGAUUGAUGGCAACACACCCAGUACAGAGCCAGAAGGAUUUGAAACUGAAUCCAUUGAUGAAUUACGGAAUUCAGGACAGAUUAUCUGUCAGAGCCCUCAAGCGAUUGAAUGUAGGGCAGUAAAUUAUCCCCAAAAGUCUCUGCAAGAUUUGGGACAAACACUUUAUUGCAAUACAUCAUAUGGACUGUCAUGUUCAAAUGAAGACAAUGUAAAUGGCAUGCCACCACUUUGUUAUAAUUAUGAAAUACGUGUCAAAUGUUGUGAACCAGAUGAGCAGUGUACACCUAUUACAACGUCUCCAAGUACACUAACAUCCACUACCUCAACAACCACUGUAACACCAACACCUACAACUGUUACAAUAACAGUAACACCAUCCACAAUCACAUCCACUACUACUUCAACUACUGGAACAUCGACACCUACGUCACCAGAAACAUCACCUUCAACUUUUACAGUAACACCUACAUCAACAGAAACACCUUCUACAAUUACAUCUACUUCUACACCAACUACUGGAACAUUGACACCUACGUCAACAGAAACAUCACCUACAACUGUUACAGUAACACCUACAUCAACAGAAAAAUCACCUACAACUGUUACAGUAACACCUACUUCAACAGAAUCACGAUCUACAAUUAGUACAACUACUGCUACAACAACUACUCCCAUGUGUACUGAUAGAUGCAUAUGGUCCGAUUGGAUUGAUGGCAACACACCCAGUACAGAGCCAGAAGGAUUUGAAACUGAAUCCAUUGAUGAAUUAUGGAAUUCAGGACAGAGAAUCUGUCAGAGCCCUCAAGCGAUUGAAUGUAGGGCAGUAAAUUAUCCCCAAAAGUCUCUGCAAGAUUUGGGACAAACACUUUAUUGCAAUACAUCAUUUGGACUGUCAUGUUCAAAUGAAGACAAUGCAAAUGGCAUGCCACCACUUUGUUAUAAUUAUGAAAUACGUGUCAAAUGUUGUGAACCAGAUGAGCAGUGUACACCUAUUACAACGUCUCCAAGUACACUAACAUCCACUACCUCAACAACCACUGUAACACCAACACCUACAACUGUUACAAUAACACCCACAUCAACAGAAACACCUUCCACAAUUACAUCUACUGCUACUCCAACUACUGGAACACUGACACCUACAUCAACAGAAACAUCACCUACAACUGUUACAGUAACAUCUACGUCAACAGAAGCAUCAUCUACAACUGUUACAGUAACAUCGACAUCAACAGAAACACCGUCCACAAUCACAUCCACUAUUACUCCAACUACUGGAACAUCGAUAUCUACGUCAACAGAAACAUCACCUACAACUGUUACAGUAACACCUACUUCAACAGAAACACCAUCUACAAUUACAUCUACUUCUACACCAACUACUGGAACAUUGACACCUACGUCAACAGAAACAUCACCUACAACUGUUACAGUAACACCUACAUCAACAGAAACAUCACCUACAACUGUUACAGUAACACCUACGUCAACAGAAACAUCACCUACAACUGUUACAAUAACAUCUACGUCAACAGAAACAUCAUCUACGACUGUUACAGUAACACCUACUUCAACAGAAACACCAUCUACAAUUAGUACAACUACUGCUACAACAACUACUCCCACCUGUACUGAUAGAUGCAUAUGGUCCGAUUGGAUUGAUGGCAACACACCCAGUACAGAGCCAGAAGGAUUCGAAACUGAAUCCAUUGAUGAAUUACGGAAUUCAGGACAGGGUAUCUGUCAGAGCCCUGAAGCGAUUGAAUGUAGGGCAGUAAAUUAUCCCCAAAAGUCUCUGCAAGAUUUGGGACAAACACUUUAUUGCAAUACAUCAUUUGGACUGUCAUGUUCAAAUGAAGACAAUGCAAAUGGCAUGCCACCACUUUGUUAUAAUUAUGAAAUACGUGUCAAAUGUUGUAAUCCAGAUGACCAGUGUACUCCUACUACAACGUCUCCAAGUACACUAACAUCCACUACCUCAACAACCACUGUAACACCAACACCUACAACUGUUACAAUAACACCCACAUCAACAGAAACACCUUCCACAAUUACAUCUACUGCUACUCCAACUACUGGAACACUGACACCUACAUCAACAGAAACAUCACCUACAACUGUUACAGUAACAUCUACGUCAACAGAAGCAUCAUCUACAACUGUUACAGUAACAUCAACAGAAACACCGUCCACAAUCACAUCCACUAUUACUCCAACUACUGGAACACUGACACCUACAUCAACAGAAACACCGUCCACAAUCACAUCCACUAUUACUCCAACUACUGGAACAUCGAUAUCUACGUCAACAGAAACCACACCUACAACUGUUACAGUAACACCUACUUCAACAGAAACACCAUCUACAAUUACAUCUACUUCUACACCAACUACUGGAACAUUGACACCUACGUCAACAGAAACAUCACCUACAACUGUUACAGUAACACCUACAUCAACAGAAACAUCACCUACAACUGUUACAGUAACACCUACGUCAACAGAAACAUCACCUACAACUGUUACAGUAACAUCUACGUCAACAGAAACAUCAUCUACAACUGUUACAGUAACAUCAACAUCAACAGAAACACCGUCCACAAUCACAUCCACUAUUACUCCAACUACUGGAACAUCGAUAACAAUUACUCCUACAUCAGCAGAAAUAUCAUCUUCAACUAGUACAAUUACUGGCACAACACCCACAUCAACAACAAAGUUCAUUGUGGAUACAGAGACAACUCCCAGGAUCAUCUCAAACCCACCAUCACCACAGUGCGCAUGCAAAUAUUUAAAUGUAACAUACCCAUCAAAUUCAACAAUAUACAAUCGAACAGAUCAAGCAGAUUGGUGCUAUACUGCCUACUGCAACUCCACCUGUGGUAUAGUGAUACAGUCUCAGCAAUGCAUACCACCCCCAACAAAAGACUGCCCACAAUUUAAAAAAAAGCAUGAGGAGUCAUGGAUUGAAGACUGCAAAAACAAAACAUGCAUAAAUGGCAAUGUCACCUCAAAACCUCUACAGUGUGACAAAUAUGGCAUACCUACAUGUGCUAAUGGAAUUAAACCUAAGAAGGUGUCUUAUAACAAUGGCUGCUGCUUUAAGUAUGAGUGUGAAUGUAAAUGCAGUGGCUGGGGUGACCCACAUUACAAAACAUUCGAUGGAACAUACUAUGCUUUCCAGGGAAACUGCACUUAUGUUUUGUUCCAAGAAAUCAUCCCAAAAUACAAUAUCAGUGUCCAUGUUAAAAACUAUUAUUGUGAUGUUAAAAAUAAUCUUGCCUGCCCUGAGUAUGUGGUUGUGAACUACAAAUCUUAUAAAAUCAAGCUGACAAGCAACACUAAAGAGGUUCAGGUCUAUGUUAAUGAUGAAAUGAAACAACUAACUUACAUAAAUAAUGACUUCUUCAUCACCACCUCUGGCAUGGCAGUAAUUGUGAACAUCACUGAAAUCAAAGUCGACAUUUCUGUGAAUCAUCAAGGUUUUGAGAUCAAUCUCCCAUUCUCCUACUUCCAUGGUAAUACAGAGGGACAGUGCGGGGUUUGUGACAACAACCGUACAAAUGACUGCAGACGUCCUGAUGGACAAGUUGACCCAUCAUGUGUGAACAUGGCACGGCUUUGGAUGGUCCCCCCAGGAUGUAAAACACCUACACCUACACCUACAUCUACACCUACACCUACACAACCAACAACGAUUCCCUGCAAUCCAGCAAUUUGUGAUCUCAUCAAGAGCGAUAUGUUUAUGAAAUGCCAUGAGGUCAUUCCUUAUGAAAGUUAUUAUGAGGCAUGCAAAUAUGAUGUGUGCCACAUGGGAAAGAGCUCUGUUGGUUGUACCAGUCUGGAGGCAUAUGCUCUGCUAUGUGGCAAAGAGGGUAUCUGUGUAGACUGGAGAACAUCAAAUGAACUCACGAAAGAUUGUGAAUACAAGUGCCCCAAUCACAAAAUCUAUAAGGCAUGUGGUCCUAAAGUUGAAAAAACCUGCAGUACAAGGUACAAUGAUAUGUUUGUGGAGAAAGACUGUCAAGACAGUAACUGUCAUCAAACAUUUAUGGAAGGAUGUUACUGUCCUGACAACAAAUAUCGAGUUAGUUCAACGAUAGAUACCUGUACACCUUAUUGCGAUUGCAUCGGCCCUGAUGGAUUACCUAGACAACCGGGGGAUACAUGGACCAUGAACUGUCAUGAAUACACAUGCUCCAAUGAGACCUUUGGUAUUAAAACUGUGCCUGUCGGGUGUCCGGCUGAAAAGCCCUGUGGACCAGAACAAAAGAAAGUAAUUGAAAACUGCUGCCCAACUUGUGUGUGUGAUCUCGAGCUGUGUCUUCAGAAGAAAUGUGAUGUGGGAUAUGAGUUGGCAGCAAACAAAUCUGAAGGCAGUUGCUGUCCACCCUGUGUGCCCAAAAACGUAUGUGUGUACAAUAACACUGAGUACCAGCCUGGAGUGAAAAUCCCCACAGAUCCUUGUGUCGAAUGUAACUGUCUAAUGGAUAAAGACCCACAGACUCAACUACAUCACGUCAUGUGUGCUUCUAUAGCCUGUACACCUUGCCCUGACGGCUUUCUGCCUGUCAAACAAGAAGGAGAAUGCUGUGAAAUAUGCAGGCAAAAUAGCUGUUUUUAUACUGCGCCAGACAACACCACACAUAUUCUCAAGACUGGAGACACGCACAACUACAAGUGUGAGACUGUGAUCUGUCAACAAGUUAAUGAAACGUUCAUGAUAGAGAAGACCAUACCAACCUGUCCUGAGAUCAAUCCAUACGAGUGUGUGCCUGGAACGCUGAGGCUUGAUGCAGAUGGAUGCUGCAAUACCUGUGAGCUCAAGAACUGUGUUCGUGUGAAGAACACCACAGAUGUUACUGUAAAUGACUGCAAGUCCAUCCACCCCAUAGAAGUGACUUCCUGCAGUGGCCACUGUGACACAGAAUCAAUGUAUUCAGUGGGCGCCAGCAUCAUGAUGCACAGCUGUUCUUGCUGUCGAGAGAUGAAAACCAGCAUUAAAAAAGUGCAGUUGAAGUGUUCUGAUGACAGUGUGAUCGAUCAUGACUACGUCUACAUAGAGAGCUGCAAAUGCACUCCAAUUACAUGUGAAAACCAGAAGACCAGUGGAUAAAAGAUCCCUACAAUUCCAGAUAAAUUGCAAAAACAUAUAUAUAUAUAUAUAUAUAUAUUGCUGAAAGAUGGGACCAUUCAGCUUUUUGCUCUAUAAUUAUUAUCUCUCAGGGCAUUUUCGGGGCAUUUUGAAUAUUUUGUUUCUUCUUUAGAAAUGCAAAAUAAAAUUCUUUACAUUUCAUUCUUGUGAAAUGAAUGAUGACUAUAAUAAAGCAAAAUAAAUGGCAAAAAAAAAAAAAAAACAGUAUGGACUUUUUUUUUCUCCCAAAAUGCUCAGGAAAUAGAAAACUGGCAUCAGCACUUAGCAUCAGCUAACAUGAAACAAUGCUUUCACAGCAUCUUGGUUAAUAUUUAUUCCUACAUACUGUAUGCUAAUAUGUGAGACUGUCCUCCGAAAAACGACCUAUGUUUGUGCAAGCAGCGUAUUACGACCUAUUAUUACGUUUUUAAAUCUAGCGCCCUCUAGCAGCCUUAGAAAUUACGACAGUCUCUUUUGUCUGGUGUGUCUUCAUCAAAUGACCUUUGACUGUCGUUACCAUCGUUACUAAUUAAAAAAGGAGGAGUGACCCAACAAUUCACCGUACGUCGUUGUCCAGCUAAAAAGGAAGACCAAAGGAAGGCCUGUCGAACUCUUGUCUUGUCUUGUUUGUGGAGAGGGAUGAAUUUGGCCAUCUUGUGUGUUUAUGGAGAAGACCAAAAGCUGCAAAGGCAAACAUUUCCAAUGGUAGAAACAGAGAGUUUGCAUGAUGGCCUUUUUCAGUUUUGUCAACUGAACGGCUGCUAGCGAGGGUCAGCGAGUUCUUGUCAUGAUGAGCCCUCGCCAGGUAAGCCAAAAUGGAAGACCAAAAACACAAAGAAAAUCAAUCACAGCAAGCCAGUCAAACCAGUCCUGUUGGGAAUGAACAUGGUCUUCUUGUGCCCAAACAGAGAAGACUGAGAACUGAAAAUUUGCACAUUUCCAUUGCUCCUAGAAUGAGCAAAUCAGCUGUGCAUCAUCUCUGGAUUUGGGAAGGAAAUGACCGAAUAUGGAGGAUGAAGCCAGUUGAUGAAGAUAUCAAUUCAGUGGCCACCAAGUGAAGCACUGCUGCCUGAACCCAUCAGAUAUCUGCUGUGAAGACUGCAUUCACGAACAGCUCUACUGCGACAGCUCAGAUGUUACGGCACAUAAAAGAAACUUACCAACUGAACAACUGCAAGAUAGUGGUAGCCCAUAGUGAUAGCCCAUACCUCCAACAGGAAUCAAUGGAAAGUCCAGUGCAAUAUUAUAAAUAAUAUUAUAUAUUGUUUAUUGAUUUACAGCACCCUAAAUGAUUUUGUUCCUCCAGGACAUCCACACCAGGUGGUUUGUGAAGAAAGCACGGAGGACCAUCAGACUCCAGCCACCCCAACCAUGGACUGCUUUCACCGUUACCAUCAGCAGAACCCGCACCAGCAGACUGCGAGACAAGUUCUUUCCACAGACAAUCAGACUGAACUGAACUCAUACCAGUAACACCACACACUCCCCACCAACCUCUUAUGUACUGCACUCCAUCACUUACACUGACUGGACUCUGAUUCACUAUUAUUCUGCACCCUGACAUUAUGUGUGCAUUAAUUCAUACUGUACUGCACUGCAAAGGUAUAUGUGUACUGUGAUUAUUGUGUUUUAUUAUUCUUUUAAUUUCGUGCUCUCUGUAUAGUAUAAUAUUUACCAUAUGUUGUUCUCUACAUGUAUUGUGUGUGUGUGUGUGUGUGUAUAUAUAUAUAUAUAUAUACACAUAUAUAGCUUUAACUACAUAUGUUGAAUAUAUAUUCAAUAUGUGUCAUCCAUAAUGUCAUGCUGCAGUUUGCACAAAAGACUUUCACCACCUGUAUGUGUUCAUUGUGACAAUAAAGUGAUUUGAUUUGAAUUGGUCACAUUUCUUUUGUUCAUCAGUUGUACUGUAAUGUGAUGGAUAACAACUGCAAAUUGUUCAUGACAUUGAAGAAGAAGUUUAUGAUGGGGACAUGGACAAGCAAACAAGAGGAAGAAAACCAGAUCUCUGAUGAUGAGAAGGAAACUGAAUGUGAUUCUAUGAUGGUCAAGACAUUUCACCAUGCAUGCGUUUGGGUGGCUUCAUCUGAUUAUCUGAUUAAUAUAAUAUGGUUUUAAAUAACUAUUUUUUAUUUCUCUUGAAUAUGAUUUGUCUUUAUAUGCUACUUUAGCUGUUUUUAUGCUGUAUCCUCCAGUAAAGUAUUGCACAUGGUGUUGGAUAAUAAAGUAUGGUGAAUAUUCUGUAUUAAGGAUGGUGUUUGGUACAUACACCAUUUCAUUUUGUAAACAAUACAUAUAAUUACCAUGAUUGUUUUAAUUAAGACAUUAUCAUUAGUUCAUAUUAAUGAAGGCUGAAAGAUGCAUUAGAAGAGACUGCAUGGACUAAGUUGCCAACACUUGAAUAGGACAAAGAUGCAAUUUUUUUGACAAGAGUUUUACAAAUUCAGGGUCUAUUAUGCUAUGAUUCUUGGCAAUGCACGAAUUUUAUGACUUUGCACAUAAAC